AUGGCCAGAUUCUUAAAAAAAAAUUUAGAAGAAGAAGAAGCGAGAGAAAAGCAAAAGAAAAGCAAAAGAAAAGCAAAAGAAAAAGAGAAAGAAUCAAUCAAACUGCGAAGGCAGGCGUGGCGUGCGCCGCUCGACGCAAAACGAACUUCCAUCGCCCACCUGAAUAUCAGCGUUUGGAAGGAUCACAUUAGUGCGCAGGCGAGAUUCAAUUGCCGGGGAGACGCGUUAUGUCGUGUAAAAAAGACCCCCCAAGAGAUUAUGAAUCGAUUUCUAUUUGUUUCUCUCCAUUUACAUCUUUUUUUAACUUUAUACAACGCGGUGGGAAACGAUAAAAACACCAGUAGACGUUGUUUCGAGGCCAGCCCAGCCCCAAGGCGGGUCGACAGCGAGAAUAAGCUUAAACAUCCCUGGCUGUGGCUAAAUAUAUCCCUGGAAGCUGUCCCGGCCAACCGGCCUUUGGUGAUGGCUUCAGUCGAGAACAACGCCGCGCUCGAGGGCCAGCUAGGACCAGCUCGCAGUGAGCUUCUUAUUAUUCGAUGCCCGCCUCGUCCCCGGAUUCUGCUUCUUCUUCUCCAUAACAGGAUUGGAAGCAGUUCUAGCCACCUCCACCGCCGAACUAGAAGGCGCCAGAAAAAGAAGGAAUGGAAAAGGGAAAGUAAAGGAAUAAGAAUAACCACAAAACCACAAUGUCAAUUCCUGAACUGGCUUUCGGGGACAAGGGCCCCCAAGUUAGGAGGCGUUAGAGAUUUUGUUUGA